CCAUUCGGUGUUGUUACUUGCUACUGUUUACAUCAUCUCAUUACAUAACGUUCCUUCCGCCGCGGUUGUUCCGGAUUAUUCGCGAUGCGUGCUCUAGUGGUGUGGUGGUGCGGUGCACUGUUGCUGAUGCUGCUGCUGGGACUUGCCUCCUGCAGUCCAGUCCAGCAGUCAUGGGAGCACGAUAACGGGGCGCACGAGUGGGAAGUGGCAGCAGAUGAGAAUGGAAACAUGCGCCUCGUGUCGUAUCGCAACCCAUACCCGCUAUCGGAAGACGAGGACGGCAAGCGACAGCGGCGUGACUUUCAACCGGAGCGUGACGUUCAGUUUCUGCUCUACACUCAGGCGAACCCGGAAACACCUCAAGUGUUACGCAACGGGGACACCGCGGGUCUUCAGGCAUCCAACUUUAACCGCAACAACCCGACCCGCAUGAUCGUCCAUGGGUGGCUUGGAACACCAAACUCCGAGAUUAAUCGGUUGGUGCGUUCCGCGCUCUUUUUCGUCGGUAACUACAACAUCAUCUUCGUUGACUGGAGCGUUGGUUCGCUGGAUGAGUUCUAUCCCAACUCCCGCGAGCUGGUGUAUGCCGUCGGUGCGGCCGCUUCGAAUAUGCUCGACUUUCUGGCCCUGUACGGUGACCUGCAGAAGCACGAUGUGGUCGUUGUAGGGCACAGUCUGGGCGCCCAUGUGGCGGGCAACGUGGGUAAAUGGCAAUCCGGUGCGUUGAGGACGAUUAUUGGGCUGGAUCCGGCAUUACCGUUCUUUGCUGGUGAUGCCCCGGAUCGGAUUAGGGACACGGAUGCGGAGUACGUCGAGAUUAUUCACACGAAUGGUGGUGUGCUGGGAUUCUUGGAACCGAUCGGUGAUGCUGACUUCUAUCCGAACCUGGGACGCAUUCAACCUGGCUGCGGUAGUGACGUUGGUGGUGGUUGUGCGCAUGCCCGGGCGGUUCAUUUCUACGUCGAAUCGAUCCUGUCACGCCACGGAUUCGUGGGGCAACAGUGUGAAUCGUUCCAGAACAUUCGCGAUGGCGUGUGCAGCGAGACGGGCGUGAGUGCGCGGAUGGGAGGAGAACCACCGAACGCCGGUGAUGCACCGCGAGGAAUCUUCUUCCUGCAGACGGCCAGCCGGUUUCCGUUCGCGAUCGGAUGCUGAUGACAAGCGUCUUCUUCAGGAC